UUCUCCAUGCAUUGCUUGGCUUGUAAAAGGGCCUCUACGAUUUACGAACAUAUUCCGCGAGCACAGUCUACCGAUGAUCUUCAAACAUGGCUAAAUUUAUGUGUACAUUUCGUAUCCACUUGAGCAAGACUACCAGGAUAGACGUACCUUAAAAUAUGGUGGAGAAAAUGACCGACCUUGGUCAGACUUCACGAGCUGCUAGUGCACUGUUGAAGCGACAAGAGGCGAUCAAACGCUGGAUCUCAAGUGAUACUAACCGAGAAUCUAUUCGCCGCUCAGCAAAUCAAGUCCGUAUUACUUUCGAUAAAGAGACUGUGUUCUUAUCCGCUGUUUCUAGUGGAGAUAUCGACGAAACGAGAAACCUAUUGAACGAUGGAGUUGAUAUAAACUGUUCAAAUGUUGAUGGCUUGACAGCCCUACAUCAGGCUUGCAUUGACGAGAAUGUCGAGCUUGUAGAGCUUCUUGUCAACAAGGGUGCAUACCUUGAUGCCAGAGAUAAUGAGGGGUGGACUCCACUCCAUGCUGCUGCAAGUGCAGGAAAUGUUGAAAUUGCCCAGAUCCUCAUUGACAAUGGUGCAGAUUUGCUAGCUGUAAACAAUGAGGAUGAAGUUCCAGUUGACUUGGCUGAAGAAAAGGAGAUGGAGGAAUUCUUAGAAGAGGAAUUAGAUAAACUAGGUGUUGAGGUGGAUGAAAUUCGAAAUCAGGAAGAGAAGUUGAUGCUGGAGGAUGCGACGAGCUGGGUGAACAGUAAAAAGAUAGAUGAACAACAGAACUUUCAAGGGGCAUCCGCAUUGCAUGUUGCUGCCGCAAAGGGGUACCACAAAGUCAUGAGACUGCUUCUUCAAGCUGGCUGCGAUGUGAACAUGAAAGACAAAGAUGAUUGGUCUCCUCUCCAUGCUGCUGUGCACUGGGAACAGCAACAGGCCGCAGAAAUCCUAACCGAGGCUGGUGCCGAUUUUAACGUUAGAAACAACAUUGGACAAACUCCAGUGGAUGUUGCUGAAGGAGAUAUGAUUAAAUUCGUAGAAGAAUUAAGAAAGAAGGCGAAAGCUCGUGCCAAGGAUGGACUUGACAGAUCAAAUAGGAUUAUUGAGCAGCUAGGCCCUCGCGAUUCAAAAUUGAGGAAUGAUGUCAAUGAUAAUUCACAACGAAAUAAUUACUUCUUUGAUUCGAACGCUGUUCCAGUAAAGUCCGCUUUGAAAGGCGGGCGCGCAAAGCAUAACGGGAAGGCAAAACCAGAUUCGAACGAUGCAAAAGAAGAAGAAGAAGAAUCCGAGUCAGAGGAAGAGUCUGAAGAAGAGUCUGAAGAGGAAACUAAAAAUCAGCCACGGCGCAUGCCUAUUCCUGCAGUUCCUGAACCACUGCGACCAGGGUCGCUCGCUCGACCACCAACAACUGCGUCAAAUGAAAAAGUUUCAACACCCAGAAAUCCGUUAAUUUCUAGCACGCCAUUAAGACCAUCCGCCCUAAUGAACAGAGACACCGAGAAACGAGACGAAAACAAGAGUGACUACCUCAAUUCCCGCAUUAGCAGCAGGCUUAAACAGAGUGAUGAUGACUCAAAGAAAGAAUCAGACCGGUCAGGUCGAGACCCAAUACGAUUUAGUAUUCCACGCCCUAGGGAUAAAUCAGACGAGAAGGAGAGUACUAUUAACACGACAAUACCUAGGCCUGGCAAAACAGAGGACACCAAGAAGGAGGAUUUACGGGCGAAAUUCAGUAUUCCAAGGCCUCGAUCUCGGAACGAGGACAAAGAAGAACCGAAAAAUGAUGAAAACAAGCCAAGAAUAAGUAGGCCACUGCGAGGCGAAGAUAGGGAAGAUGAAGGAGGAAAGCGUCAUAUGAGUAAGGCUGAUGAAAUAAGGGCAAAAUUUAACAUACCAAAGCCGGGUGAUUCGUUGGCAAGCUCGGCAUUAAAUCGGUAUAGAGAACGCAAUAACGAUCAAGAUGAAAGCAAGACAUCCAGGGUUGCGAAUGACGAUGACCGAAAAGCGGAAGACGCUGCCUCUUCACUUCGCGCACGUAGGGCGUUGCUCUCAGGCCCUUUGCGACCAAGCAGGCCAUCCGAUAUGAAAGAUGAAAAACCAGAAAAUGAUACAAUCUCUUCGUUAAGAAGCAGGUUAGAGCAUGAUAAAGAAGACAGAGAAGAUACCGUAUCCAUUAGAAAGAAAUUUCAAGAUCGAAAAGAGGCGGAAAGGGAAAAAGAGGCUGAGAAGAAAGACGACAGGAAAGAUGAAGGCGAUGAUGAUGAUGAGAACUCGAGUCUGUCUGCACAAAGGGCCAGAAGGAGCAGGAGACCAAGGGAAAAGCGAAAGGGCACCGGUGUUGCCUAUAUGCCUGACGAGGACGAAGAUGAGGAUGAGGAGAAGAAAGAAACGAGGAUUAACACAAGGACCAAUGAAGAUAAUGAAACUAAGAAAUCUAGCUCAGUUGCUGAAGAUGAGCCACCAAGACUGAGCAUCUCGGAACGAAUAAGAAAGAAUCGGGAGAACAGGGAAGCGGGAUCGUCAAGUGGAAUGUCAUCGCUGUCAAGCAGAAGCAGGGAUUCCUCCUCGUUAUCUUCAAAGAGUGACUCAUCCGACCCGCGAGAACUACAACGCAGGCUACGGGAUGCUUUAAGUGACGUCGAAGAAUACAAAUCGAAGCUAGAGAAGGCCAACAGGGAGAAAGAAGAGUUGAAGGAAAAAUUAGCUCAAUGUGAAGAUGCAAUGAAGAAAAUGAAAGACGAAAACGGAGCGCUCAUUCGAGUAAUAAGCACGCUAACGAGGUCAAAUGCAUCGUGAGAGAGAGGCUCGUCGUUGAUUUGCGCAGUCGAUCUGGCUGGCGGGGCAUAGCAUUGCUUUCACUUUUUACUUUAUCAAACUGUAAUAAAGACACAAGAGUGUGAUUCCCUCAUCAAUCCCCAUUUUCGUUCUUUGAUUUAUACUUUUUGUGUGUAAAUUGAAGGAUUUUGUGCUGAUUUCCCUUGUUUAAUGUCUACCAGGGAAAUGGUUUAGAUAGCCAAUGGUAUUCGACAUGCAUUUCACACCUAAAUUGUAUUUUAUUUAGGAUAGUUUGUAUUAAUGCACGAUAGUCCACUGAUCCAAAUCGACCCCAGACGAGGUCAUGCUACCUGCUGUGUCCGGGAAUCAGAACGCGUGCCAAGGAGACUGGGUCGACUUUCAAACAGCAAACGUACAGCAGUGACUUCUUAUUUGUAAUAUACAAGUGGGAAGUAAGUGAAUUUUGCUCGUAGUAAAAUCGAUGUUUCUUCAAACAUUAUUGUAUAAAGACGUCAGUAAGGAUACGGGCUGUUUCCGAUAAGAGCUGCUUCGGAAACAAGCUUUAAUUUUAGACUAAAUUUAGCAACGUCUUUUCUAGUUUAGGAAAAUUUUGGUAAAUUUCAAUACGAAAUCAAUCAGGUUGUAAAUAUCAAUGAAAUCCUCCAAAUCAUCGUUUCUCAAAAGGCCACGGGAGUAUUACCUCUAGGAAGUCUGUCCUUGGUAGGCCCGUUCUGGGUAGGCUUAUUCAAAGUAUGCUCCCCCAGCUUAAUGCUGCAUUCUGGGAGGAAGCUUCCAUGAGCGGCCUUAAUCAAACCUCCGUGCAUGAUAAAAGCCUCACCUUUUCUGGUAAAGCUGGCUAUUUGCCAUUACGGUCACGUGUACGUUUUGCUUGUUUGAACUCCCGGUGAUGAGUCGAUUCCUGCAUGCCAAUUUUCAUGUUAAAUUUGUUUUUGACCGUGAAUUUGUAACUUAACGAAUGCUGGAAACGGUCGAGAGACUCGUAAAAUCGUUUAAUUCAGUUGUGGAAUAUUUUUCCAUGCUUCGCUGUAUCUUUGUUUUAGCUCAUUCGUAGAUGCUUCGUUAAAACAGAACAUUCUAGGGAUAAUUGAGCGAUGCAAACUGGCCCCGUAGGUUUUCAGAUUUAAACCUAGCAGUAUGUUGCCCUCUUUUGAACCUGCCUUGUGCUUGAUCGAGUAGUUAAGGCCUCUGUUAAUGUUGCAGAAUAGUAAGUGGAGUGUCCCCUGAACUGAAAGUUCUUCCAUGUGCAAAAUCAUUUUCGCAGCUCCUGUCCUGCAUCUGAGUAGCCAAAACUAUUUGCAUGCCAUUACUGUUCAGUCCGGAAAAAAUGAAUAUCAUACUCUUAAUGGCAAUAUGGAAGGCCAAUGAAAACCCCAUCCUAUUUUUUGUUCUCUUGGGAAGGUCCCCAAAGCUUGAGGAAAUAGAAGAAGAACUAACUCUCUACUUGAGUCAGCAUUAGUAUUUCAUCCAGAGAACGGGUGGCUGGCUUUCACAUGGACUUUCAUUCUCAUUGCAAAAAUUGAUACCCUUAUUAAAGGACAACCAAAAUAAGCAUGCCUAAAUCCCAGGUUUUAUAAAAGGGAAUAAGACUGCUUUUGGAAUGUUGCGAUUAAAAUGCGAAACAUUAUCUCCAUGAGUUUUCUCAUUUUGUAUGUGAUUUAAAUGCACCAAAUGGCCCUUGACGGGGGCAGUCGUGUCAGUAGUUUGAUAAGUGGUCAUUUCUGUAUUUUGCAUAUCCAGUCUUUCAAUUUAUAUUUGUUUAACGCGAAUAUAACUACUAAAAUCCAUACGAUCA